AUGUCAGUGGAGACAGACAAUAUUACCACUGUCAACCUUAACGGAAGGCAGAUAAAUGAAGUUCCUGCAGAUGUUUUUCAAUGCUCAACCUUAAAGACUCUUCAGUUGGACAACAAUUCUAUUCAACACUUGCCUGAAGAUGUGAAGCUUCUCCCGCAGCUUCAGAAAUUAUCCAUUGAAGGAAACAAGCUGCAAUGUCUGCCUUCUGAACUAGGAGAUCUUUCUGAACUGCAGGCCUUAAACAUCAACCGUAACCAGAUUUCAUCCCUGCCGGAUGGUAUCUCAAACCUCCAGCACAUCAAACAACUCUUUGCCAACAAUAACCAUCUCACACAAUUACCUACAUGUAUCGGAGACCUUGCAAACCUUCAGGUUUUGGGACUUAGUGGGAACUCCCUAAAAACUUUGCCAGAGUCAGUCGCCAAUCUUACAAACCUACAUGUGUUAAAUUUAGAUGGCAAUCAGAUGUCUAGCUUGCCCAAGGCCAUCUUCAGGCUCCUGCAGUUGGUCAAGCUCUGUUUAGGUGGAAACCAAAUAAAAAGUUUGCCGAAAGAAAUUGGCAACUUGAAAGCCCUUCGAGAACUGUCACUGAGUAAUAACCAGCUCACUUUUUUACCUGUCCAACUUUACAGCUUGACCAACUUGGAAGAACUCAUUCUUGAUAACAACCGCCUAACCAGAUUAUCGGACAAGAUAGAACAACUGCAACAUCUCAAAGUGUUUUCUGUUUCUAAUAAUUUACUUCAGUUCAUUACAGAGAGUAUCUGCAAAUGUCAAAGUAUAGAAACUUUGAUUUUAAGUGGCAACCAAAUGUGCGCUCUUCCAGCAAGGAUUCACAAGCUGAAAAACCUGAGGGAGCUUCAAGUUGACCGAAAUGCAUUGACAGUUGUACCAGAGCAGCUGUCUCUCUUGAAACGUCUUUCAUCGAUUGCCUGGGCUGAGAAUCAGCUGAUUUAUAUUCCAAUUGAACUGAAAAACUGUUUGCAAAUCACCCAGCUGGACUUGAGUGGUAACAAGUUGGUAGAAGUUCCUCAAGCUUUGUCCGCUAUGAUAGCACUGCUACAUUUGAACCUUAAUAAAAAUGAAAUUCAUAACAUACCCGAGACCAUCGUGUACAACAGACAGCUGAAACAUUUAGAGAUGAGCGGAAACAACUUAAGCACUUUCUCAGUUUACUUGUGCACACUUAACAAUCUCAUUUACUUAGAUCUGAGCAGGAAUGAACUUUGUGAAGUCCCACCAAAUGUGUCUGAGAUGGACUCUUUGACUGAUCUUCUUCUCCAGUGUAAUAAGUUUACAUGUUUGCCCCCUGAACUUUGCACUUUAAAGAGUCUCAAUAGACUGAACCUGUCAGACAAUCACAUACAGUUUGUGCCAACUAUAAUCAGUCAGCUACAAACAUUGACGGAACUGGACCUCUCUAAUAAUAAUUUCAAAGCUUUCCCUGGUGAGGUGUGCUCAGUUCUGUCAUUGGAGACACUGAAUAUCAAGCAGGAGAAGGGAAGCAAGAUUACAAAUCUCCCUGAAGAUCUGUGUAAGCUGAAAAACCUCAAGAGUCUCGACAUUUCCGAAAAUGAUUUAAAAUCCAUUCCGAGUGGCAUUGGAGAAAUGGAAAGUCUGAUGCAUGUAUCUGCAUCCAACAAUCAGCUCUGUUGCCUUCCUGCUUCUAUCGCCGAUAUGAAGGGCCUGCAACACCUAAACCUGAGCGGUACAUACCUGCACACUUGUCAUCUGUUUAUGUCCGCUGCUCAUCAAGAAACAUCAAGAGACUUCUAA